CACGGGAACACAAUUUCUCCCAGCCAUGGCACUGGCAAGUCCUCGCCGAAGCUUUCAGUCCACGCCGUGCAACUUUCCGCGACAGCACCGUUUUUUCUCGACACCGUUUCAGUCCGCGACAGAACACCACCACUCAGACACCGACACACACACACAUAAAUACACCAGGCAGGCGCCCGCAGUUGUACAUACACGAAAAUCAUCACCCAAAUAGGGCACCGCACACACAGCGAUUCGGGGGGAGACUUCCAGCAGCUCCACAGAAGGAGACGAAUCAUCGGAUAAAAAUGUUAUUUGUGCGUUCUUAACAGAAAAUCUUUUUCCGGAUUUUCCGCUCGUAAAAAUCGGUUCGGUGUUAAUUUUCCCACAGCCAAACACGCCUUGAUGGAAUAUUCUGUGGGAAUAGUGAAGUAGUGUGAUAACAAAUAGGGCAGUUGAUGGAUAGGCCAAGUGGAUUGCGUUGUAUCGACGCGUUUCAGUCAUUGGUGAAAAAUGAGUUAAUAGAAUGGAAAAAAUCUUCAAGUUUUAUUCAAAUUGUACAGUGAUGGAUAGGUGAGAUAACUGCACGAACAAAACGAUGUGUUAAUACAAAAGAGUGUAAAUGUGAUGUGACAUCGAAAGCGGAAACUUAGCCCCUCGCAGCCAAUCAUACCCGAACCCAAAUGACCGUUAGAUGAGUCUGCAGCAUUCGCGACAUGUCCGUACAGCUGUAAGCCAUCAAAGAUGAUAGUGAGUUUAUUCCCCGACCACAUAUGGGGAGGAUGCACAGCACAGAAAAGCCACCAGCAAAAGAACCUGCUCUACCAUCGGAUCAUCUACGCCCUUAUUAGCGAUAAGUACAUCAAGAACCGCAAGCUGCGCCGAUCGUACUUUGCACUGCUUUACCUGUCGUACGUGUUUAUCAAGAUGCUUCCAAUGACGUUAGCCAUCGAAACAACCAACACCGGGGCCAAACCGGUCACCGGGCUCAACGUGCGGUCCCGCACGCUGCCGGAGAUGGUGGCGCCCCACCUGGAGGAGGACGACGACGACUACAUGGACGAGGACUUUGACGAGUACGACAUCGUCAACAACAAGUCAGCCAAGGGGAUGUACGUCGGAGCCCCGUGCGAAUUUACGUGCCACGCCAAGCUGCAUCACGUGUACUGUGAUCCAUCCUCCAAUACGUGCAGCUGCGAGAAAGAUUACGUAGUGCUGAUUGGACUACUGAAAGGAUGUGCCAAGCCCAAAAAGUUAGGGGAACAAUGCUUCUACGAUCAAACCUGCAUCUACAACGACGAGCACGCUCUCUGUGUGCAGAUCAGCCACAACGCCAUCUGCCAGUGUGCUCCCGGUUUCCACUCCGUUAGCUACGUAAAACCAACCAGACGUGUCUUCUGUACACAAGAUAUGGCUCAAAUAACUGCAGAUCUUCCGACACUAUUCGGUGUCACCAGUGGCAUUGCCGUGCUAGCCGGGCUCAUUUGCAUGGUACUGCAUCUAUUUAGCAAAACGAAAUACCCUCGACCUCGACAUUUUGGCGAUGCUAACCUUGCGCCGCCGAUUUUGUACAACAGCGAUACAGGAAUUCCAUUGACAAUACAGUCGGCAAGGCCGUCAUCACGUUCCAGUCAACGAUCUAGCGGCUCCAUCGGUUCCUAUGGCAAUCGACGGCCGUCAAGUGCUCCCUUACACGGUUCCAAAGGUGUCUUGGUGUCAACCUCGCGUACAGGUUCACGAAGACCAAGUUUAGCUUCAGUUCACAGUACCACGUCGUCGGUUCGAAGUUACAGCAUGCGACGAUUCGAGCAGGAAAUCCAGCAGAAGGAACUGCGGCAGGAGAUGAAGAAACACUUGGUCCGCCUGCAGGAGCAACAGCAGCUGCAGAAAAUCAAACCCAACAUCAUCAUCGGCGAUGUGAUAUCGUGUCCGAUGAACAAACCCAUCCUCACCACCCCCAGCCCGAUGACGCCGAACUCGAUUGACGACCUGCUGCCGUCGGUUGAUGAAACACAGGAGUUUUCUCCAAACCUGAGCCAGAGAUCUGCAAGUGAUAGUAUGUGUGGUGGCUACGAUGGCCCCUGCAGUUCCACUGAGCUACUAAAAUAAUAAACGGUGCAAACCACGACUACGUGACACAAAACCGGAAACUCACACACACGCAACCACGACGGAUACAACCUAGAGGUUAUCAUCAUUGUUGAAUAGACAUUUUAUGGAAUUUUUAGAUAAGUUACACUAUUAAGUACGACGUUUAUAUAGUGUAAUUCAGGCGUAGUCUAGAUUAUUACAAACAACAACAGCAACAAAAAAAAACGAAUGCAAAGUGGAUACAACAGGACGUCGAUGGUUAAGAGCCAGUUGAACGGUAGACCAAACUAAUCAAAAACAAACACAAAUCUGGUUAUGAAUCGAAUCGAUUUAGCUCUUGUUCCCAAAACACUGUAGUAUCAGUUGACUGAUAGGACAAAAACCCCAAAUAAAAGUCUAAAGUUCCAUGUUCCAUUAUAGUGCAGUCUGAGUCUCAGAUUCGAAGUUUAAUGUGAGCAAAUUUAACAAAUUGAAUCUGCAGUAUUCUACCACUAGAACCAUUAAAUAAGCAAUAUUCAAACCGUACAGCAACCAGCUCAACCAGUUGUGUGUUAAGUGCAACCAUUCCGUUUCGGAUUAGAGAAUGAAAGAAACAGUCAAACAUCAUGGAAUGAGACAACCGAAAAUAUUCUUAUGAUGGAAUCAUGAAAAAUAAGCCCAUAAAACGAGAAAUAGUACAACGCUCGAACACAUUGAAACUGGAACUAAAUGAAUGAAUUGAACAAACAACUCAAACCA